CACCCUCCUCCAGUGUGUCUGGCACACAUGGCGACUGGCGCGUUUGCGAGGAAAGGCAUCGUCGAGAAAAGUGGAGUGACCAAAAAACACCUGACACUCUCUCUGUGAAAAAGUGUCUGUUUUGAAAGCCGAUCGCGGCAGGAACGACGUCAUCUUUCUGCCGUGGGAGGUGGUCUGGCUGCUGGGGGAACUGCCGGACACGUCGCCGUUUCCGUCCCUCCUCGCUCCCGUUUCCACUUUCUCGCCGACGUCUCACGUCGCUUUUUUGGUAGCAACAUCCGCGGAACCGUCUAAACGUGGCGCACUUUUUUCGAAGACGCGCCACAAAGAGGACAAGACAAAGCACCCUGUCAGUGCCUCCGAGCGCACACCCGCCAAAAAUCGGGAGAAAACAGUCGCGCCCUCAGCUCUUGCAGGAGACACGAAUUAGCCUGCGACUCCUCCUUUUUUGCGGGGUGUCGUUUGAGCUUUGGGGGUGGAAGGCGUACAAAAUAGUGUCCCCAGCUGGGCUCGGCACAGCCCGCCUUACCGUCGGAUCACAAGCUAGAGUGGCCGUCAACUCGACUGCACGCGGUCCCGUGAAGCCUUUUUUGGAAGCGAGGACAAAACGGGCAGGCGGAAUACGGAUCACGCUCUUAGUACGUCGUGGUAGUCAUUUCGAAAUACGCCAGAAAAGCAGCAGAGUCGCAGCAAGGAACCUCCUUGCCUCUGUUGCUCCGCCGUUCUCUGUCCUGGGGUACGGGACAGCGCUGAGCUUCCUUCUCCAAGAGAAUCUCGUCCUAACGGUACAAGCAGGUAUAGCGUUCUUGACUUCUUGAUGCUCUCUCGGGUGUGUACUUGUUACACCGCGGCAGCUUGGAGUGGAGCUGUAUGUACGCCUGAUUGGGCGGCUCCCGCUCCAGCGUCCCCAGAGUGACUUUUCUGCUUUUCACUCUAGGGUUUUCUCGUUUUCUUCUCGUCGCUUCUGUCUGUCUCUUUUCCCCUCUCUCCCCUUCUUCCCUCUGGUUCCCUGAUUCUCUUCACUCUGUCUUUCCCUUUCUUCGCCUGGACCCAGGGCUUUUGCCUCGGCGUCUCCUCUUCUUCGCACACUCCGGCGCAUGCGCGCGGCCGCGCCGGGGCCUUCCUCCCUGUCGACGACCGCAUGUCAUCACGAUGGAGGUUCCUCCAGCGCCGCCCUCUUCGCCACUCGUCCAGCGGAAGCGCCGGCUGGAUCUGCCGGCGUCGCCAGAAGUUUCGUCGCCUCUGAAGAAGCAGUUGAAGGGAGCGCACGACGCGAGCCCCUGCGCUGUCUCGGCCUUGGCGCGCCACGCUCUUGACGCCUGCGCGUCGUCCGUCGGGACUUCGUCUGCACUCGGCAAAUCAGGAAGUGCGUCAGAAAACGACCCCUUUCUCCUCCAGGGGCAGAAGCUGGGUGAGCCUGUAGCUGACGCUGCGCUCGCGCCUCUCGCUGUGGAGGGAAAGACUCUCUCGCCUCCGCCUCCUCUUGCUAUUCGCUCCGCGUCCCCAGCUCUCUUGCGCCGGGUGCCAGUAUCUAGUAUGACGCCGGGGAAUCUCUUGGGUGCUUCGACGGCCUCGCUCGCUGGCGACGGAAGGACCGGUGCUCAGGACUCCGCAGGUGUGGACCACGUCGCGGCUCUCGCCUCGCGGAUCCCUCCACUCUUCGCUUCACGCAGAGACAGCGAGGGCAUCGACCUAGGAAAGACUACCCUCGGCUCGCCCCUCCGAGUCCGGAGAAUGGCUGUCGACCCCGUCGCCGGAGGCGCAGCCGAUGGUGCCCACGCGGUUGGGACCGCGGGGGCCUCCGGGGACGUCCGCGGCGAGGGGACACCUCGACGGGGUCACCACGUUUUGGGCGCCGCCGGUUCAGGAGCUGCGUCUCCGAUGGACUCGCGGGAAGAUCUGGGACGGUCGCGAACUCCGCCGCGCCGCGGAGAGACUCCGCGGAACUCUCUCUCGCGUCUCGACUCUGUGCUGCCUGCCACCCCCCCCCGCCUCCCUUGUACCCUCUUCUACGAGCAGCUGCGAGGCCGCGCGGAGUCUCCCCGGAGCCCCGUGGCAUCCUCCGUGGUGGCGCCGGGGCUCCAGGCCCUGGGGGGUGAGGGGACACCCCUCGGCGGGGCCCGCAGGCCCAGGGACUCCUUCGAGUUCGCUCUAACAGACGAGGCCGCGACUCCCUCGCCGUUCAGUCGGUCGAAGCGGAGAAACCGCGGCGAGGAAGGCUCACCUCUCCGCGGUGACCCGGCGCCCGUCGAGGUGGGUCCCCGCAGCGAGGCAAACGAGAGACAGGAGAGACGCAGCGAAAUGAUGGAGGCGCAGUCCCCGUUUCGCCGGUCGCCGAUCACAGGGAAGAGACAGUGCGUGGUGUCGCCGAUGCGGCUGACGCCCGCGCGCCAGAGCCCCGCGUGCUUUCGAGACGGGCGCGGUGCGCGAGGUCCCAACGACAAGUGGACUUCUUCCUGUCCCACCUGGCUGAAGCGACUUGCGAGCUCGACUCCGGCCUUCUUUCGGGGCGUCGCGCCUCGAGAGGGGAGCCCUGUCUGCUCGCGGAGGCCCGCGGAGGGGUCCGAAGACGGAGACACUCCCCACUUCCUCGGUUCGCUCCUUGCCCUCGCAGGUGUCGCAUCCCCUCAGGAGCAAGGCGGGGAGUCCAAGCCGGUCAAGGGCGACGCGCGGGAGAACCUGAACGCGCUGUUGCAUGCAGUGACCGCACUGAAGCUCGAGACGCUUGAGAAGCUGAAUCUGGGGAGAGACCUCGAGCGCCUCUGGAGACACUACCGCACUCUACGGAUCGUCUGCGACCGCGAGCACGACUCCUCGCGACGGCUCGGCCUCUCUUCUCAAGUCUUUCCCGCCUUCCAGCGACUCACUCACGCCUCGGCCUCAGUCGGCUCCGUCCUUGCCUCCGCGCCCCUCAACACGGCACAGCCCGGAGAGUUGGAGAGUCUUUCAGAGGCCUGCAAAUCUCCCGGAGCGCAGACGCCGUCGCAGCAACUCGAGGUUGACGACAUCGCGCGCAUGCUCUGGCUAGCUCCCCACCUCCUCGGCUGGCGGUACAGGCACCUCAAGACCUCGGCCGGGCCUUCUCCGCGCCUCGCCAUGGGCGCGGCCGCCCUCACGACAUCGCCUUUAAGUCGGAGACGCCGCCCCGCACCCGGCGAAGAAGAGUCGGCGCCGCUGAGCCCGCUAAAGCGAAAUCUGGUCCUCAUUUCUGGAGAGCGUCUAGCGGAGGGCUUGGAACUGGAGCUUCUGGAGUUCGUCCUCUCCCCCGAAGACAAACAGGCCGCCACCCUCCGCACAGCGAAGGAGCCUCUGGGGCCUCCACACCCAGCGAGAGACUCUGAAGGCGCGCCUCAGGUGGUGUUGAUGUCACGGGAGGUGAAUCCAACCCUCCGCUUGGUCCAGUUCCGGGGCGUCUUGGUGCUGUGGGUGUUCCUAUGGCAACUGGAGUAUCUGAAGCAGCUCGAGGGUGCGUGCGACGUCGCGCGUUUGUCGGGCGUCUUUGAGAAUGCGUGGCUCUUCCUGACGCGAGGCCAGUGGGUGCCGGGAUUUCAUCCAGACGCGACCCCGCUGCCGCCUUGUCACGCGCUGCCGCCGAGACCCGCAAAGACGCUUCUGCGGUCUCCGUCGAAAGGCGGAAUUGGACGCGAUCGAAGUGCCGGAGACCCUCUUCUGAGUGCGCCGAAAGCUCUCAGUCCCCAAAAAACGGCCCUUCUGUCCGCGCUCCUGUCCAAGAGUUCUUCGCCCAUCAAAAGUGCACAUAGCAACUCGAGCAACUCUCCAAUGGCGCUCUCGAGUCCGUUGUCGCGGCGACGACUGGGCGCGGCCUCGCCAGGGGGGUCCACAGGCCUUCUGUCGGCGAGCACCCCUACGCGAGGAGACGAGAGGGGCAGGACCCUCUCUAGGGACGGCGCGCCCGCGCAAGCCGAAGGUGAGCGACUGGUGUACCGCCUGUCCGGUGCAGACACGCGCCUCUCCACGUCCUCCGUCUCCUCACGCAUCUCCGACAGCUCGGGUGUAGGUGCAACCCGCGCCGGCUCCCCAGUGUCGCCAGCCAAGAGCCCGCAGGCAGCUGCCGAACAAACGACGCCGCGCCGGGACGCGAGCGCAGCCGACGUCUCAUCUCCUGUAUCCAGUGUGAGGAGCGGCUCUGCGGGUGCAAGCCCCAUCUCUGAGAGGCUUCGACAACGCACGGAGGCACGUCGACAGGCGCGCCUCCAGCAAGAGGAACUGCGGAAACAACGGGCGGGUCUCCACCAGGAAGCCCGGCAAUGGUCUAACGUGCGGUGGGUGUUGAGCUGUCUACUGGAUGCCUGUGUGUAUCGCGACCCGCGGAAAACCAUCGAUACGCGCGUGUUUGUUGACGUGUACAUCGCAAAGUCAAAGCUUCCCCUUCGUCUCGACGUUGUAGAAGAGUGUCUUGCGACGCUUGCCAGAGUCGCCCCUGACAUGCUGUCGUUGAACGGUUCCGUCGUCAGCUUUGCAUCGGCCUUUGAUGCGGCCGCUUUAGUGAAGCUCGUUGAUACGCGUGUGGUCGAGGCCCAGAAGGCAGCUGCUGCGUUCGACACGACGAUGUAGCUCCAGAGCGCCCUUCUUGUUAUUUUGGAUGUUGAAUUUGGCGCACGAAACCAAGUACGCACCUGGGAACUUGCCCCUAGUCAAUGAAUGUCCAUUUUGUGCCGCUCGGACGCUUGACCAUGAGGGGGCUAACCAAUCCCUACCUGUACAGAAUACCGUUCAGACGGCAACUCGUGAAACGCGUGCGAUGGCGGUUCGUCAAAUGUAUCGUUUUCGCGUGUUUCGUACACGUGCCGUAUAUCUUUCGCCUGGCCAGGACGCCGCUGCCGCAGAGAUGUCGAUUUCCUCAAGUCGGGUUCCCGCAAAACGGAAUAGUCCAACUGCUUUUUCGUUAAGAAAGAAGUAACUGUCGCCGACAGACUAAUGUUUUUCUCUGUAAACUGCACCGAACAACUGCAGCGUUUGCCUGUGUGUGCCUAGCACAUGCCCGCCAAGUUUCGAUUCGUCGUGUACCGUGAGAGUAGACAAGGGUAUAUCGACGCUUCACGCCUUUUCGGCGAUUGUUUCAAACUU